AUGGUGAUCGACUCGGCACUGGCGCUCUGGAAAGGCGGUUCGCUUCUCCAUUUGAAGAAAUUCAUGAGAACAAACGAUCCAGCUUCAGAUACACGCCCAAAUCGCAAGAUGUUCCCUAUACCCGCUACGCUCGUGAUCCGUCCCCCUCUGCCCCCACUCGACGAAUCGACAAUCAAUAUCGACGAAACGCCCAAUGCCCAUCCCCCCGCUUGGCGACUUUCGGGCGACCCCAGUCACCUUCGGAGAUGCAACAAGAUCAUGAUUUUUAGGUUCAGUGAUAAUCUGGGUUGGGGAGCGGGUUUGCUUUUCAUCGUAAGCAUCGCCUUAGCGUCGGCCCGUUAAAACGAGCCGCGAGUAGAGAGCUGACCUUUCGUCACAUUGCACCUCCUCAGGCUCGACUGCACCUAAUUGCGGCUCGGGUUGGCGCAGUUUUACUGGUCGACAACGGUAGAUGGUACGUUAAGAGCAGAGGAUCUCAGUCUCUGACAAGGCUGACAUAAAGAAAACAAAAAUCACCACUGAAAGGUGGUACGGACGCCUCGAGUACUAUUUCCAACCGUACAAGAUCAACUGCGUCCCUCCCGAUGAUUGGUACGACGAUAAGCGAGGGCAAAACAUCAGUUCAGAAGGGUGGGAGACGGCGGAGCGUAUCAUCGCCAAUUGGGACCAGCUCGCCGCUGUAGACGCCUACGAAGACAAGAUCGCGCGAGCGGACCUCGAUGUUGAAGGGAUGCAACGACUGAAUGAUCUCGAGUUUGGUCCAGGACGUAGGCCUUCAGUGCUCCCUGCUCCAGAGACACUUCCGCUGCCGAUGGUACCGGCUUUCGAAGCGCAAGCGACGGUGUUGAGACAGUACUGGAAGCCGCUGCCCCAGACGUUAGAGCAAGUGCAGGAGGUGAAGGAAAUGAUGGGGAUAGGGGGACCGCAGCCCACGGUGGGGGUGAUGAUACGAUUGGGAGACAAGGGGUGGGAGUAUCGCCACAGCCUUCGGCCAUCGAAUGUCCACAACACGUUGUCAGUGAAUAGGAGCUUUGGCGACGGUGCGUCAGAGAUCGUGCUGAGCAAGCUCAACCAUACACAGUAAAAACCUGUCCGCCCAUCUAGAGGUGAUGCACAAUCUCUAUGAUCGAAUGAUCCCAACUUCGCUUGCAACAAACACAUCACAGCCUUGGUACCCACUCUCAUCCAGCGCGCGACUCUUCACACCCGCGCAACAACCCAUCGCCAUCGUGGUGACGGCCGAGGAAACGGCUCUGCUAAACAUUAGUCUCGAGUCUACGGCCGCUCCGUUCCGAUUUGAUCGUACUCCAAGCUUGAAACUAGCGGCCGGAACGUACAGGAAGAACACUUUCGCCAAAUGGCCGAUGAAGACGCGUGUAGCCCACACACGACAGCUUGUUCGCGAUAUUGAGAUCAUGGCCAAAUACACCGACGCCACGGUCGUGACGAUGUCGAGCAAUAUUGGGCGGAUUGUGACCAUGCAAGUUUGAGCUACCAACUACUUGCUUCGCGUGUAUCAAAAAACUAAUGGCUGAUAAGUUGAUGUGCCGCCACUGCGACAGGCUUGCUGGGACCGAGGCUGCCUUGGGACCGACGGAUGCGCAGGGAAACCACGUCGGAGGGCGAAUGUGA